CUUAGCUUCAUCCAAUUCAGGCCAAGUGGGACCAAGAAGCCGUUCGAUUGUUCUCUUUGACUUCAGCAUACAGUACUUGUCCCCUUGUAUUGGCCUUUUGCAAAUCCCUCGUUGUUAACACUCAGUAAUCAUCAUGGGCAGGUAGUAUACUGUAACCAGGAGUCCACACUCAGCUGAUCGCAAUCAAUCUCUCAGUCUGAGAUCUACCCUAGUAUUCAGCAUGAGCAUUGUUACAUCCACAAUGGAAUCCUGAGUCAGUUGUGCGUAGCAUCAUUUGUCAAGGCGGACGUGGUUUGUCAACGAAUCGCCCAUUUCGUCCCCAGAGUCAGCCCAGGUCAGCUCUCAGGCGCGUUCAGUAACAGUACGUUUGUUGCAUAAAGCUACCCAGCAGACCCAUGUGAUGAGUGACUUUCUGACUCAACAGAAUGUCGCUUCAGCGCCUUCUAAAUGUAGUCCGGGAUAAAGUCAUAUGGCCCAUUUCUUCUCUGCGCGAACCCACUCCAAGAGCCGACAGUUUGGUUCAAGCUGACCCGUCCCGUACGAAAGCAGCCACUACGAAACAACCAACCAGACCAGCAGUGCGUACGUACUCCUUGAACAAGACGGCAGUAGAUACAGCAAGAAACACCCAUACCAUCAAAACAAGCCAUGUCCGUGAUGCUCUGGGUGCUGUCACUGCUCUGAAGAAAGAGCUACGUGCAGGCACAUUUCGCUCAGAUCACCUGAUGUCCCGGCGCGGUCUGAUUCAGCGUCACGUGAAUGAGAUAUGCACUGUUUCAAUUUUGACAGAUAUUUUGCAUCUAUGCGAACAUUCCAUUGAGGAGAAUGGCAACAUCACCGAACUGGUAAUCUCGGUACUGGACCGUGUUGCUAGCUUGCCCGAUCAUGCUUGGGAUAAGUCUAUGCAAAACGAACUCCGAUGGAUUUUAUUCCGGGCAUCACAAUGUCGUUGCACCACAGAGCGAUUUAGGCGGAGACUCUUGAAGGUCAUCGAUGUGUCCCGGAUGACUGCUUCUGAAGUCAUUAUCACUUCUAAUACUCUCCUCAGCCUCAAUAUAGUCAGCUCCAGUAUUGCAUCUAGGCUAGCAGAAAGAUAUCUGGAAUUGGCAUCAACAGCCAGGAGCCAUCUUUCGAAAGUAUGCAACCUUCUUCUGUACUGUGCACUGUGCGAAGUAGACAGCCAACCGCUCAUCACCAUGAUCGGUACUAUGCAAAUUCUUUCAGGAGUCAGGGCCAUUGAUGCUCAGUAUCUAAUCUCCCUUGGUGCAUUACCAGCAACCGCCAAGCAGCAAAGUCAAGUUCUUGAAGGUUGCAGGAAGACGUUCCAAAGCUAUAAGUUCAAGUCCAACUUUGGUCGUCCUUAUGGAUUCAUGUUGUGGCUUGUUGGGCAACAAUUUGUAGCUGGCUAUUCUCUUGUCGGUGGUGUUACAGUACAUGCUGUGUCCUUCUUCAACCAGCACAGUCUACAACCAAUCAACCUGGAGAAUGGUGAUUGCCCAGUAGAUGUCUAUAGCAGGGUAUCAGUCAAUAUGAAUGCAGCAAAACGACACGGCUAUGCAGUUGUGGUGUGCCUAGGGUUUUCUGAGAAAAUCCUUCUCCGUCAUCCACGCCAUGAACCUAGAAGUUUUGAAGUUCUUCAAGUAUCUGCUCUGAAGGCGAUGGGCUGCUAUGUGAUACCGGUUUUACUGGAGAAGGAUGCCGGUGCUCAAGUGCAGGUUAAAAGCAUACCGGCCCUGCACCUCAACUACCCGCAUCACAUCCCGGUCUUUCAAUGACAUCUACGGGCACGAUGCCAACUUUUCACACUGAAGAUGACGUCGGUGGCAGCAUCGCACCAUCGGAUUGGACACCUGGCCUAAGCUGCUGACUGAUUCCUUGAUUGGCCAACGCUGCGUUGGCACUAGUGUGAUUACUAGUAACUACUCCUGACAAUGCCGCCUCGUGCGUCGAAGCACGCCGGCAUGUAUGCUUAUCAGUUAAGUGUGUGUGUGUGUGUGUGUGUGUGUGUGUGUGUGUGUGUGUGUGUGUGUGUGUGUGUGUGUGUGUGUGUGUGUGUGUGUGUGUGUGUGUGCAUGCACGUAUAUGUGUGUGUGUGUGUGUGUGUAUGUGUGUGUGUGUGUGUGUGUGUGUGUGUGUGUGUGUGUGUGUAUGACAGUGGCAACUGGCUAGACCAUCCACAUCAUCAGUCUUCAUGAUCGCUUACUUCAUGUACAAACAUUCGCCUCCAAGUGGUUUCCUUUGUUUGUAAAUGCAUGUGUUCAGGUCUGAGUCCAUGCGUGUAUGUUUGCAUAUGCAAGAAUUGUGUGUGUGUCUGUCUGUCUGUCUGUGUGCUUGUGUGUGUGUGUGUGUGUGUGUGUGUGUGUGUGUGUGUGCGUGCGUGUGUGUGUGUGUGUGUGUGUGUGUGUGCCCGCAUGUGUGCGUGUUUUGCCAGCAGUUGUGUACAUGCGCGGCUAUCUGUGUUGUUGAAUUUCACAUUGCACACAGCACGCUUUUGUGCGCAUUGCAUUGAUGCUCUGAUGCUUUGUGGUUGUAUGCAGAAGUGAAGGCGGAUGGGGCAUCCGUGUGCCCGCAUGUGACAUGCCUGUCGCCCUUUGAACUGCACAGACACAUCUCUUAAAUCCUGCGCCUAAUGCUGCAGGC